AUGAUGGAAGAACUCAGCUUAAUCAAACAGGCACUGCGGGCGGUCAUGAACGGCCAGCCACUCGCGCAGCGCGAUCCGCACCGCCCGGCCUGGCAUCUGGCGCCCAGCGUUGGCUUGCUGAACGAUCCCAACGGCUUUAUCCAGCACAACGGCGUUUAUCACCUGUUCUAUCAGUGGAAUCCGCUGGGCUGCGAUCAUCGCAACAAGUGCUGGGGACACUGGCAGUCGAUCGAUUUAGUGCAUUGGGAACAUCAGCCGCUCGCCCUGGCACCGGGCGCCUGUUACGACAGCCACGGCUGUUACUCCGGCUCGGCGGUAGUGGCGGAAGACAAAAUCACGCUGAUCUAUACCGGCCGUGAAAUCCCCGACGGCUCACGCACCGCUUACCAAUGCCUGGCUCAGGCAAGCGAUCGGGGCGAAUACCGCAAACUCGGGCCGGUGCUGCCGCUGCCGGAGGGCUACAGCGGCCACGUACGCGACCCGAAAGUGUGGCGUCAUCAGGAUGCCUGGUACAUGGUUCUCGGCGCGCGUGACUUGCAGGAUCGCGGCAAGGUGUUGCUGCUGCGUUCCAGCGAUCUGCGCGACUGGCAAGCGCUGGGAGAGAUCGCCGGUUCCGGCCUGAACCCUGGGCGAAUUCGCUACAUGUGGGAAUGCCCGGAUCUGUUCUCGCUGGACGGCGGCGACGUGUUGAUCUGCUGCCCGCAGGUGGCGCCGCAGCCGGAACGCUACCUCAACCGUUAUCAGGCCGGUUAUCUGCUCGGCAAGCUGGAUUAUCGGCAGGCAGCCUUCAGCCCACGCGAAUUUCACGAGCUGGACGCCGGCUUCGAGUUCUACGCGCCCCAGACAACGCUGGCGGAAGAUGGCCGCCGCCUGCUGUUCGCCUGGAUGGGCGUGCCCGAGCAAGAUGAAGAAGCCCAUCCGACAGCGCCGUUAUGGCUGGAUCCAUACCAUGACCUGCCCACGCGAGCUGUCGCUGCGGCAUGGCCGCCUCCACCAGCGCCCGGGCGCGUUCAGCGCCGCCUUUGGCGACGCGAUGACGCUGAACUGGGACGGCGAGCGGCUGCAGCUGACGCGCGCUUCCCUGGCCGACGGCCGGCCGGAGCACCGUUACUGGCGCAGCCGGUCACGCAUCUGCAGCUGCUGUUCGAUCGUUCCAGCGUGGAGAUCUUCAUCAACCACGGCGAGGCGGUGAUGAGCGCGCGCUACUUCCGGCAGGUGAACCGCAACUGCGGCUGA